AGUCCCUGCUGCUGUUGAUGUUGGGGCUCACCCUCCUGAAGGAGGUGGCAGCUCGGAAAAACCCCAAAGCAGGGGAUACAGCCCUGUGCCCUCCCCUGGAAGAUAACAGCGUGAGGGUCGACAUUCGCAUCCUCAGGCAAAACCAGGGGGGUAUUUCCGUCGCAAAUGAUUUCCAGAACCGCUCCAGUUCCCCCUGGGAUUACAACGUCACCCGGGACCCGAACCGGUUCCCCUCGGAGAUCGUGGAGGCCCAGUGCAGGCACUCAGGCUGCAUCAACGCCGAGGGGCAGGAAGACAGCUCCAUGAAUUCCGUUCCCAUCCAGCAGGAGUUCCUGGUCCUGCGGAGGGAGCCCCAAGGCUGCUCGCGCUCCUUCCGGCUGGAGAAGGUGCGGGUGACCGUGGGCUGCACCUGUGUCACCCCCAUCGUCCGCUACGUGAGCGCCUGAACGGCGUUGGGCUGAAGAAGCUGGGAGACGCCGUUCCUUACCCAGCGCUCUGCAGCCAGUCCUGUGCGGCCCCGGUUUUCUCCACUUCAUAGGCCUCUCGAUAAGACCUGCGCAGAAUUCUCAAAGCUCUGUAGUAGAUCUAGUGUUACAUUUCUGGGGCGCCUCCAAAUCAUAGCAUAGUCCAUAGCUGUUCCCCUGCCCCAAGCCCCUGAAAACGGACGGAGGAGAAUGAAGGCACCAGUGGCCUGCUCGUUUAUGCGCCGCGAUGACUACUUCCUAGCCAUGCCGUCACGUGUCAUGGUGCCAUUCCCCGGGAACUCUGUUGGUAAAAUGGGGCUCUGUGCCAUGUGGAUGAAAAUGUAGA